GAAAGAUGAUCGCGGAGAGAAAGAGGUGCGGUGUUGCGUGACUGACUGCGAAUCCGAGCGUGUGUGUUUGUUGUGUUGUAAGAGUUUUUUUUACCCCGCUUUUUGGAAAAAAAAGAGAAAGAAAGAAAGAAAAAAAAAAAGGAAAUAAUAAUAAUAAUAAUAAUAAUAUUAAUAUUAUUAAUAAUAAUAAUAAUAAAUAAUAAUAAUAAUAAUAAUAAUAAUAAUAAUAAUAAUAAUAAUAGUAAUAACAACGUAACAAGAAGAAUAUAAUUCAUUGGUAAAGAGAAAUUACGGUGAGUGUGUUUUAAAGAAGAAAAAUGACGUCCUACAUCCAAGUCGCCGAAGACGAGGGAGAAGAACCUAUAGAGCUGCCUACCGAAGACGACAGCACACUCUUAUUGACCACCCUGUCCGCUCAAUUUCCCGGGACGUGUGGCCUUAAAUAUCGCAAUCCAGAAUCCCGGACGAUGCGUGGUGUACGACUCGUUGAGGGACGGCUUCAUCCACCUGAAAAUGGUUGGGGCAAGGCGAUCUAUUUCUGUGUAUUUCCGAAAGAAAACAAGCGUAAAUCUGAUGACAAUUUGGAAAAUUCCACAGCUAAGACAAAGAGAAUGGAAACAAAGUUGCGUUGUACAGACUUGAUCGUACUGGGCUUACCAUGGAAAACUACCGAGCAGAACUUGAGGGAAUAUUUCGAGGCAUUCGGUGAAGUUCUAAUGGCACAAGUAAAGAAGGAUGCAAAAUCUGGUCAGAGCAAAGGAUUUGGAUUCAUACGAUUUGGAAGCUAUGAAUCGCAGUUAAGAUGUCUUGCUCAACGACACAUGAUAGAUGGCAGGUGGUGUGAUGUCAAGGUUCCGAAUAGUAAGGAGGGAAUGAUUCAGCAAGUACCCUGCAAGGUAUUCGUGGGACGCUGUACAGAAGACCUAACCGCAGACGAUCUACGCGACUAUUUCUCCAAAUUUGGUGAAGUUACGGACGUGUUCAUCCCAAAACCUUUUCGCGCAUUUUCAUUUGUUACUUUCCUAGACCCAGAAGUGGCUCAAUCUCUCUGCGGAGAAGACCACAUUAUAAAAGGAGUUUCCGUUCAUGUCUCUAAUGCAGCCCCGAAAUCAGACGGAAUUAAUAAGAAUUUUAAUAACCAAGUGAAUUCAAACGUACGUGGUAGGGGAGCACCUGGACCGGUAGAAAACAAUGUACAGGGAAACUAUCAGGGAAACAGGUACAUGGGCCAUUCGGGUAAUAACAUGGGUCCAAACGGUUGGAACAAUCCAGGCAAUAGAGGUAAUUUGGAUAUGCCUAAUCUUCAGGCAUUGGGCAUUACCGGUCAGAAUAAUGGCGGAGGCGGCGGCGGUGGAUUAUCCAAUCCAUUGGCAAUGGGAGGCUUAAAUUUAUCGGCAUUACCAGUAAAUCCUGCGUUAGUGGCGGCUGCAUUGAAUCAAGCAUCCUGGGGACUAAUCGGUAAUCUUCAGAAUCAGGGAAACGAUCAAGGAUAUUCAAAUCAACCAGGGCCCCCAGGUCAACCACCUUCAGGAAAUAAUAGUAUCGGUAAUAGCGGUAAUUCUGGGUUUCUUAGUUGGAUGAAUCAAGGGGGAGGCGAUGGUAAUACGGGUAAUCCUGGUACUGGUGGUCCUGGUCCAAAUAAUCCAAACGCCUCCCAGGGUGCUUGGCAAAAUCAUCCAGGUCAACGUGAUCAAAAAUCGAAUACAUUUCUCAAAUACGAUUAAACUCGGUCGGGACUCCGAGUUUAUUCGUAGAAGGAGGGUCCGUUCCUUUAGUCCCGAAGUACUAAUGUUGAAGAACAGCAAAGGUCAGGAAGUUUUAAGGGUACAAAGCAAACGAUUUACAAAAAGAACCAAAGCUUUCAGUGACAUUACGAUAGAAAAGGACGGCUAUAUUGUAUGAUCGUGCGCCGUAAUGUGAUCGGUUCAUAAUAGAGUGUGUCGGAUGAUACUUUCGAAUCAUUGCACGUCAUUACUUCAAAAACAAAACAAAAAAAAAAAAACAAAAAAAAAACAAAACAAAAAAAAAGAAAAAAAGAAAAGAAAAAAAAAGUAAAAGAUAUACUAUGACCCUCUCACUCUCUUACUGGCUUGAGAAAUUAGCACAAUAGCUUUCACGAAUGAUACGGCCUGCAUGUCUCUUACGGAUAGCUUUGAUCAUCUAAACGUGCAAAUAUGUGUGGUCUUCUAUACGCGUGUGAUCUAACUGAGUUGAGUAAAGUGCAUUGGAGAAAGAUAGAUGAUUGUGAAACUUUUGUAAUGAGAGAUAGAUGAGAUUAUGUAGUGUUUAACGUAUAUGUGUCUGAGGUAACAUAAUGAUUGAUGCAGAGUGUUUAAUGUAAAAAUAUGAAGUAAGUUAGUGGAACUUAAUAAUAUAAUUAUAUUUUAACUUACCAAUAAUAGUUCAUUGAGUGAUUAUAUAGGAGUUAUAUAGCUUAAUGAAGUAAUAGGUUGCUGAUGAAUAAGUUGUAUCCUCACAUUGAUAAUUUACAUAUUUUUCUUGUACAGAUAACAGAAAUAGUUAAUUGAUUUCAAAUAGCCAUUUCAAAUUUUCAUUCUAUCAAAUAUUUUAUAAUGUUGCAGCAUUAUAUACAGAUAUAUACAUAUUUAUAUAUAUAUAUAUAUGUAUCUAUGUAUGUAUAUAUAUAUAUAUAUGUAUCUAUGUGUAUAUAGAUAUAUAUAUCUAUGUGUAUAUAUAUGUAUAUAUAUAUAUAUAUAUAUAUAUAUAUAUAUAUAUAUAUAUCUUAAAUCGGUCACAUAAUGUGAGCUGCACGUUUAUUAAUAAUCAAAUAUAUUAAGUUCCGAUGAUUUCUUAAUUCCAUUAAACAUUAUGAAUGCUUGAAUACACUGCAUAUAGAUUAAAUAUCUUUGUCAUAAUUUUAUAUGUGACCACAUCAUUGAAAAAUCAUUCUUACAUAUAUAUUUUUUAAUUAUUGUACAAGAUAAAAUAAUUGAGAACUUUCUUCUGAAGAAAUGAAGUGCAUUGAGACUUUCUCUGGGUAUAUGUGUUGUGCGUUCUUUCAUAUAUACUUACACGUACAUAUAAAAUAGUGACGUACAACUUUAUGGGUAUUUGUUGUCAUUAAAUAUUUUCAUUAUUCACACAUAUAACAUAUUUGAGCAUAAUAGUUGUUAUUUGCAUUGAUUAAUGCAAAAUAUGCUCUUAUGUUUGACAAUUACCCUUAUAAAAUUAUACAUAUAGAAAGUUUGUUUCAUGUGCAUACUUUUUUCUUUUUUCUUUUUACUUCUUCUUCUUCUUUUUUUUUUUUUUUCCUUUUCUUUUUUUUUACGGAUAUAAAAUAUAUCGUCCAGAAUUAAAAAAAAAAAAAAAAAAAAAAAGAAAUUAUAUUAGAGAAUAACUGUUUCUAAUGAAUACUAUUUACUUAGGGUGGAAGUGAGUGGGUGUGUAGUCAGGAUAUGCGUGAGGCUGCGUAUAGUUUGGUCGCAGCUACCUGAGAUUUGCAUAAAGUUGUUUACAUUUUUCGUAAUAUUUAGUGCGACACACAAACAAUUAUUACGUGUGCGAGUAUGAUUAGUAUUUUACAUUGGUGUGCGGGUGUGUCAAAAUUAUUGAUUGAUUGUGUGUGAAAGGAAGCAUUUGGAUUGGUAGUUGUUUCAAUUGAAUGAGUCGAGUAAAUUCAAGGAUUUUAUAAUUCUCUAGUGCUUCAAAUUUUGAAGGAAAGUUUUGUGAUGAAAGACUUGAUAAUUCUCUUUCUCUAAAGGACAAUUUUGCAGGUCAUGGGUGUUUGUUUUCCAAAGAUCAGAAUAAACAAUGAAUUUCACAAUUCACAAUUGUAGUCAAUAACUUUAACAUACAAAAAAGAUGAUGGCGCAAGAAACUUUAGAAAAGCAUAUAUUUCAUAAUCUCACUGUAUGUUUCAUUGAAGUUAUCUAGAUCUGCUAUUCCAGAAUGCUAAUAUCUUAUGAUUACAUUGUCGAAAAAUAAAAAAAUCCUUAUACAUCAUCUUUCACUGUUGUGCUAUUUAUUUGAUAAAUAAACAUUGAUGCAGCAAAAUGCACCUUACUUGGCUUAUAUUAAUAUUUGUACUUCUCUAAUAUCAUCUAGAGAGUACGAAUCUUUUAAUAAAUAGUAUGUAAAGGUGCUUUUACUGUAGCACUGGUUAUACAAAAAUUUAAUGUAAAUCACCCAAUUUACACUGUUUCCUUCUUUACGAUGAAAUCUAUUUCUUUUUUUUGCCUUUCCCCAAACUUCAUAGAGAAACACUCAGUUUACUUUGAAAAGUCUAACAUUCUCAUCACUUUUUAUUCAAUGCAGGGAUAAUUUCAUAGAGUUUGAAUCUUUUUCUGAAUCGGUGUUUGUGUGUAUGUCGAUGAAUGAUUUUGUUAAUAGUGAUUGACUAUGAGAAUUACAGGCAUGAAAUGUUGAAAGAAGUGUAUUUAACAUGAGAAAGAAAAAGGAAAAAAAAAAGAUGUUUGUUUAAUGAAUGAAUAAUGUGAGAUGAGCAGUGAGUUAUAUUUCAAGUCAUUUGAAUGAUGCACAGUCAUUUGUGUGUUUGAUAUGUCUUUUUGGCUGAUGUGUUUGAGUGUUUAUAUAGAUAAUGGGAAAUGAAAUCGAUAAAAUGUUAAAUAGAAUUUAUUUGUUGAAGUUCUAGAUUUAUAAUCUGUAAGCCAUAUUUAACAUACGAAGACUGUAGCAGAAGGAAACUUUUCAAAUACAGUUUGCGAAUAUUUUCUAGUCUAUUAAAAAUAAUGCCUGAUUUAUUUCAAAUCAUUAGUUGAAUAUGAAUGAAUAAUAUGUAAGAUUUGUCGUACACACAUUCAGCGAAAAAUAGCAUAACAUCAAUAAUUCUUACAGUUAUUUCUUUAUAUAGGGCAUUAUUCAUAUAAUUUAAUAUCUCCCUUAUGAUUUUAUCAAGUGCAUGAUUGUAGUGAGUAUUAAUAGACCAGCUAUAUAGAAAUUAGGAAAAAGUGAAAGUGAUUAUUAAUGGGAAGCAUGUCUUGAGUAAUAAAAAAAAAAAAAAAAAAAAAAAAAAAAAAAAAAAGAAAAGAAAAAAAAACAAAAUCGAAUGCAGAUUUUUCAUGAUGUUUGUAAAUAACUGUAAAGAAUUGUAAUAUUGUACACGCAUUUGAUAUUCUCAUCUCUUAAAUGAUUGCGAUGAAAGAAAGAAUGAGCAGUGAAUGGGUUAUUGAUUCUAACGAUGAACAGUGUGUAUUUUUUAAGAAACCAUCUUUACAAGAAUGUUCUGUAAUUUAAGUUUCUUUUCUUUUUCUUUUUUUUAUCUGAUAAGCAAUAUUGAAAUUCAAUACAUAUAUACAUGCAUAUAUAUAUUUUUUUUUUUAUGGUAUUCAAAGGACAAAUCAUUGUAAUGUAAUAAAUAUAUUUAAAAUUAUCGUUAUAAUCAAAAACCCUCAAACCAGUAAAUAAAAAUUCUUGACACGGACUUUUUUGAAACAAUUCGUGCAAUAUUAAAAGAUUCUUUUCCAUUACUUUAAUUUUUAUUUUCAUAUAAUAUAGUACUGAACGUUAGAAAAUACAGUUAUUACUUCAGCAUCUUGAAAUCGGUAAUUAUUGUUUAAAAUAAUAAUAAUAAAAAAAAAAAGGAUAGAAAAUGAAGGGAGAGAGAGAGAGAGAGAGAAAAAGAGAGCGAGAGAGAGAGAGAGAGAGAGAAAAGAAAGAAAUAAAAAAAGUAAUCAAAUGAUUAUGUAAAUCUUGCGAAAAUAAAUACAAAAAUGGUUAUCGUGAGUCGAUUUUUAUAAAUGAGAAAUUGAUUGCGUUUUGAAUAAGAAGACUGAGCGAGGUCUGUAAACAAUAUAUAUGAAUGAAAAAUGAACGUAAUGAUUCCCUAAUUUUACAUUUCGUUAUCUCGAAACGUGUAUUCUCGUAUGAAAUAAUAAAAUGAAAGUUAACGAAAACGAAACUUGUGACAAAAUAUGUUUAUAUAUAUAUAUCAUGUAAACAGUUUCAUUCGUUUAACUUUUGUUAAUCGUUUGUUUCGAGUUGCAUACGCGUCGAGUACGAAAUGUAUGUUAAUAAACUCUCUAUAACUGAAUUUGGAAAUUUAUAUGAAAGUUUAUGUGAAAAAAUUUAUUCUAUUAAUUGCAUUAAAUUAUAUCUAAAAUAUUUAUAUAUAACUAAUUACAUAUAACUGUAGUUUAUACUUGAUAAAAAUUAAUUUUCUAUGAUAUUAAUUAAUAAUUAAUAUUUCGACGAUAAAAUGUAAUAGGAUUGAAUGUCUGUGGAUUUUAAAGUUACAUAAAGUUAUAGAGAGUUAUAAGGGACUUACAAACAAAUAAACAAACAAACAAAAUAUUUCAAACAUUCUUGGCAUUACUUAUUCAUUUCAAAUAAAUUUUAUUUCGAUUCGUUAGAGUAUUGAUUACAAUAAUCUUUAAUUUAUAUUAAAAUAAUGAUUUAUGUCUAUAAUGUUUGAAAAUUGGCGUACAUUGCUGUAAAGAAGAUAUCUUCUUUCAGAAUAUUGUAUUUAAUUACAGACCAGUAAUUCUAUUGAUGAAAAAUUGUGAAGAAGAGAAAUAGAUAGAUACAGAAAGAGAGAGAGAGAGAGAGAGAGAGAUAGAGUGUGUGUGUGUGUUACAAAGAGUACGUUAUUUAUUAUAAUCGUAUGCAAACAAUUUAAUUACAAAGAAAAAAAAGAAAUCAGUUUGACUAAUUCAUGAGAGUUUAUGGAAAUGUUUCCAAUAUGAAUUCUUAAGAUACUUCUUUUUUUUUUUUUUUUUGGGUAUGUGGUAAUAAUUAUGUCGCCUCUAAUUAUGUCCUUCUUAUUUAACGUGCAAAUUUUGUAUCAUUGACAUUGAUGUAAAUAUCGAGUGAAAGAGGAAAGAAAAUAGGAAGUGAGAAAAGUG